AUGGCCAUCGAGGUCCCUUUUAUCAACUACCUUUUACCUUGCUGCUUAAACCCCACGAAGCAGCAAUUCGAUUACCUCCUAAAACUCAAGAAGAACGUGCAAGACUUAUCCGAGGCUAUGAGCCGGCUGGAAGCCAAACUGGCUGAUAUCCGGCGCAAGGUCGCAGAAGGCGAGAAGAACCAAGAAGCCUGCACCGACGAAGUGGCUGACUGGGUUCCCAAGGUCAUUGACGUCGAGCAAAGGGUGAAAAAGAUCCUGAAGAAGUAUGAUCAACACGUCUGCCUACCGAACAUCUGGUCGAGCUAUCGGAUCGGCAAAAGAGCUUUCAAGAUGCGUGCGAAGGUGGAGAAGGUGAUCGAGCAGGGAUGUUUCCAGGCCGUGACGGCGAAACCACCCUCCGGUGGCUGCCAGGAGAUGCCUUGCCCGACCCCGGUGUUCGGAAUGGACUCAUACCUACAGCAAGCUCUCAGUUACAUCAGUGAUGAUGGCGUUGGGAUCGUCGGCAUCUGGGGCAUGGGCGGGGUGGGGAAGACCACUCUGUUGCAGAAAAUCAACAACACCUUCCUUCCUGGGGGCGGCAGAAACAAUGAGUUCGAUUACGUGAUCUGGGCCGUGGCUUCCACGGGUCUCAGUUUGAAGAGGCUUCAAGAGAGCAUCUUCAAGAGGCUUGAUUUGAAAUUGCCGGACGGUGCAGAAUCCUACUCCCAAAUCAUCUUCAACUUCUUGAGAAACAGAAGCUUCUUGCUGCUGCUGGAUGACCUAUGGACAGGCGUAAAUCUUGAUGAGGUCGGUAUCCCGGAACCCCGCGGUGCUGCUGGUGGAAUCAAGCGCAAGUUGGUGCUGACCACCCGAGAUGCUUCGGUGUGUGGCAGAAUGGGAGCUUCCAGGACGAUGAUCAGAAUUGAGUGCUUGGGGUGGGAGGACGCAUGGCGACUUUUCGAAGAGAAGGUCGAUGCGAGCAUCAUCGACUCUGAUCCCACAAUACCGCCCCUCGCGAUGCUUGUCGCAAAGGAGUGCGACGGCCUGCCACUCGCCUUGAUCAUCGUCGGGCGGGCCAUGUCCAUCAAGACGGAUGUGAGAGAUUGGAAUUUUGCAGUCGACUCGUUGCGAUCCUCGAGCUCCCGGGUGCCCGCAACGACAACAAGAAGCUAUUGA